UGGGGGUAGGAGCAGGGAGGCCAGGAGCCAGGACUCCUGGGUUCCCUCCCAGGUCCGCAAGACACUGAGGCCUGGUGAGCCAGAGGAGGAGGGCUGCCAGGCAGGAGUCCUGUGAACUGGCUUAACGGGCUCCAGGGAUGUUCCUGGCUUUGACUUGAGUUCACUUGGACCCCGAAGAUGGCAAGAAGGCCCCAUCCCUAGGACCUACUGCUGCCAUCGCAUUGGAAAAUGCCCACCCCCAACCCCUCUCCUCUCCCAGGACUGCCCCAGCCCCCAGGGGUCCUGCCUCCCUAGUCCCUAGCUGAGUUAGGGACCCAGGUACUUGGCUCCCAGCCUCCUGCUCUCACUUCACCUAAGUUUUUCUGCCGAUGCCUUCCUUACACACAGCUUCAGCUGUUAAUACACCUUCAGAGCCCCUGUGGGACCUAGCGGGCAUGGAGUGCUAUGGUAAGGAUGUGGCAGAGGGGCCAGGGGAGGCCCCCACAGCUCUCUGUUCAGCCCCAGAGGAUGCCUGCCCACCAGCCCCACUGACGGACAAUGGGACAGGUGCCCGUGUGCCCUUCCACUGCUCUGAAUGCGACAAAAGCUUCCGGUACCGCUCAGACUUACGGCGCCACUUUGCCCGGCACACAGAGCUGAAGCCCUUCCAGUGCCCACACUGCAGCAAGAGCUUCAAACACUCUUUCAACCUGGUAAACCAUAUCCGCAGCCACACGGGUGAGCGCCCCUAUCGCUGCACCCUCUGCCCCAAGGGCUUCCGUGACUCAACGGGACUCCUGCACCAUCAGGUGGUGCACACGGGCGAGAAGCCCUACUGCUGCCAUGUGUGCGAGCUGCGCUUCUCCUCCCGCAGCAGCCUGGGCCGCCAUCUCAAGCGGCAGCACCGCACCCCAUCUGGAGGGGCCACUCCUGUUCCACCUGCACCCACCCACUGCUUGGAGCGCCUGUGUGGGGAUGGGCGGGGGCGAACGGCACCCUAUGGGUGUGGGGCCUGCGGGCGCCACUUCUGCCUGGCUGCUGAGCUGUGCAAGCACUGGCUGGCUCACACUGACAUCAAGCCCUUCAAGUGUCCCGAAUGUGAGCGAGACUUCAAUGCCCCAUCCCUGCUGGAGCGCCACAAGCUCACCCACGCCAAGGACCGUCCCCUGCUGCUGCCCUGCCAGGCCUGCGCUGGCCAGGCUGAGCCACUGGGACAGAGUGCUUGCCUGGCUUGCAAGCCCCAGGAGACCCGCCCCUUGGACAGCCUAUACCAAUGUGAGUGUGGCACCUUCUUUGCCAAUGCUGGUGCCCUGGCCACCCACCUGGCUGCCCACACAGGUGAGGCCUCCUUCACCUGCGGCAUCUGUGGCAUGAACUUUGGUGCUGUGCCCCCACUGGAGGCACACCAACUGAGCCAUGCUGUACUGCGGCCCUCUACCCCGGGCAGCCCCGUCCAGGCGCCAGCCAGUGGUGUGGGCGGUGGGGGGGAGCUGGAGCGCCACUUGCUGCCACGGCUGGAGCUGCGUGCCUUCCCACCGCGGCCAGGGAAGAAGCUGUACAAGUGCACAGAGUGUGAGAAGUUCUUCCGCAGCCCAAGGGACCUGGACCGGCAUGUCCUGGUGCACACGGGCGAGAAGCCGUACCAGUGCGCAGAGUGCGGGAAGUUCUUCCGGCAUGAGUGCUACCUGAAGCGCCACCGCCUGCUGCACAGCGGUGAGCGCCCCUUUCAGUGCAGCGUCUGCCACAAGGGCUUCAUCACCUUCAGCAACCUCUCACGCCACCUCAAGCUCCACCGUGGCAUUGAUUAACCCCCAGUGCAGCCCCCUGCCUAACUGUUGGCUGCCAUAUUGCACUCUCCCUGUGGGGAGGCAUCUGCUGUGUGAAGAGGGGAGGGGUUGGUGGCACGUGCUGGGCGGUUAUAGGGUCUCUUCUCAGCAUUGGGCAGUAUAGGCAGGUGUGUUACGACAGGGCCUGCCUGCACAGGUGGGUGUGUGACUGUAGCAUUUCCCUGCACUGUAUCCCUUUAGUGUCUCCCUUCCUACACUGGCAUGUUACCAUAGCAUCUACCUGUGCAGGGAAGGAGUUUAUCAUAGGGUAUUCCUACUGUGGCAGCUGUCUUAUAGUAGGGCCCCUGUCCAUGCUGUCCUGUUAUGGCUGAUCAUUUGUCCAGGCCUGGGUAAGGGGCUGUACCUCUGGGGUGUCUGCAAGGUGCUGGGGUCAUGGUCAGAUCCCUGGAGAAUGCAGGGCAUGCCAGGCAUCCCUAGAUCACUUGGGGCCAGGCUGCUUUGUUUAUGUAGGGUCUCUAGAUGCAAGCUCAUCUCCCUAGGGCCUUUCCAGACAGCAAGGUGGUGUUCUGCUAUUGCAGGGCCACCUUAGCAUGUGUAGGCUGCCUUCAGCAGAGCUGUUCAGGGCCUGUUCUUCCCUCCAUGCAUAGACCCCUGGUCCAUGGCUGAUUGGUAGGAGCGGGGGAAUCUACUGGGCUGCCAGGCUGUGGCAGACCCAGGGCUUUCAGUGGGCCUGUCCAGCCUGCUCUGCCAGACCCAAGAAAUCCCUAGGGAGGGCCCAGCUGGUCGCAGUGGGGGCUCCCACGUUCGGUGUAGUGAUAUCCCCAAUAUGACACCUGGCCCCUCAGCAGGGUGUGACCCUCCCCCUCCCAGGGCAGGGACUGUCUCAUUAACUUCACUGGGGUUUGGCUGCUGUGAAUCCAUCCUCAAAGGAGAGCAGAGUACUGGCACUAGUCCAGUAUGGACAUGCCAGGACACCCCCGUGGAAGGAUGCUGAGGCUGUGGCUGAACUGUCAUGAGGAGUUGGGCCUUGCUGGGCACACCCCCCUUCAGGUUCCAGGGUGCCACACCAUGCCAACGUGGAGUCCCACGUGGUGCUUUUGCAGGGGGCCUCAGGACUCACUGGAGAAGAUCCCACUGGUGCCACCAGUCACCAAGCAGCAACACUGUGCCCCCAGCCCCUCACUAUCCCUGGGGGCAGGGCUGUACACUUCCUGACCUGGGAUGUGCCACUAGCCCUCUUUCAAAGCCAUGUACCAGCAAAUGGCGAGUAAAGUGUGUGUGUGGGGGGGGGGAUGAGGAGGGGGUGGAUCUUGCCCUCAACUCUCUUCAGCUAUCCCCUCUGGGCCUACAACAUCCUGGAAGAGGUGGUCCAUCCCCUAUCCUCUGCAUUGCUGGAGGGCGUGGGGCUGACCUUUUUUGUUCCUGUAGGGCAGGGGUGGGCAAAAUGCGGCCCAUGGGCCAGAUGCGGUCUGCCAGGCCAUUCUAUCUGGCCUGCAGGGCCCCUAAAAAAUGUAGAAAAUUAAUAUAUAUCUGCCCUGGGCUGCCUGUCACGCAGCCCUUGAUGGCUUGCGAAAACUCAGUAAGUGGCCCUCUGCCCAAAAUAAUUGCCCACCCCUGUUGUUGGGGCUCCAGUAAACAUGCUUGUCACAGAUUCCUGGGGUAGCUGCAGUGGUUCCUGGCCUGCAGGCUGGGGUGUUAUUGUAGACUAUCCUAAACCUCAGACUGCAGCUUGGGCUCUCCCCAGUGGGCAGGGAUGCUGGGGCAUGUUGAGGGCAGGGGAGAUGCUGUUUAGAGGGGCUGUAAUUUGGAGUUGGGUCUGAAUAGGCCAGGGCAGUCAGGCCCUGCCCAUGCCACCUGAAUGCCCAUGCAUUCAGAAAUCAGGAAGGGAUAAAGAACAUAGUGUAGUGUUUCCUCUUUCCUUCUUCUGUUUGUAAAAAAAUAAAUAAAUAAACAAACCAGCCUCUAAGGAGCUUGGAGUGGGAAAGUGAGGAAAUAAAUAUUCUCCCCCACCAA